AUGAAUACUGGAAGCAAUUUUGUUUGCCUUUCCAAAGAGUUAUUGAUUUCCAGCAAGAAAGAUCCUUUGGUCAACCCUUCAAGGAACCGGUUGAAAACUCUAAGCUGGCAAGAGCGGCGAAAACUUGAAAGAGAAAGGAAGCAACAAGAAGAGGAUGAGCAAACAUUAGCAAAAGUGGAAGGAUUAGAAGAUCCAGUGGGAAUUGAAAUUUUGCGGUCACGAGCUGGUGUAGGAUUAGAAGAUCCCCACAAGGAGAAGAGGAAAAAGGAGGAAAACAUGAUGAACAUGAAAAAAAUGUGGAAAGAAGAGGACCUAAUGAAAGAAUUUGGGUCCAGGCAGAAGUCACAGUGGCAGAGUAAGAGAGUUAUAAUUAAUUAUAAUAAGACACAUACCCUUGUCUUACAUGAUGUGUUUAAAGUUAAUGGGCUUCAUAUGAGUUUGAAGCUUUGA